CAGCCCAGGAGUGGUGCAGUGUGCAAAGCACGCUGGUUGGCGUGGCGCGGGGCCCGCCUUCCCGGAGCGGAACAAAACGGCGCCGAGGCCGGGCGCACCCAGCCGCCGCUGCCCGAGAGCGCUGCCCGCCCGCGCGCCGCCCGAGCCAGCCGCCAGAAUGCCAAACUGGGGAGGAGGCAAGAAAUGUGGGGUGUGCCAGAAGACAGUUUAUUUUGCCGAAGAGGUUCAGUGCGAAGGCAACAGCUUCCAUAAAUCCUGCUUCCUGUGCAUGGUCUGCAAGAAGAAUCUGGACAGCACCACGGUGGCUGUGCACGGUGAGGAAAUCUACUGCAAGUCCUGCUAUGGCAAGAAGUACGGGCCAAAAGGCUAUGGCUAUGGGCAGGGCGCAGGCACGCUGAGCACCGACAAGGGGGAGUCGCUGGGCAUCAAGCCGGAGGAGGCCCCUGGCCACAGGCCCACCACCAACCCCAAUGCAUCCAAGUUUGCCCAGAAGACUGGCGGCUCUGAGCGCUGCCCCCGGUGCAGCCAGGCCGUCUAUGCUGCUGAGAAGGUGAUCGGUGCUGGGAAGUCCUGGCAUAAGUCCUGCUUCCGAUGUGCCAAAUGUGGCAAAGGUCUUGAGUCAACCACCCUGGCGGACAAGGAUGGCGAGAUAUACUGCAAAGGAUGCUAUGCUAAAAACUUCGGACCUAAGGGCUUUGGCUUCGGGCAAGGAGCUGGGGCCCUGGUCCACUCUGAGUGAGGCCGCCACUGCCCACUGCACCCCUGCCCACUUCAUUGCUUUGCAUCGCCGUUCCCUUCCCAGUGGCCUUGGAGAUCGCCAGGAUUCUUUCUUCCUUUCUCUGCCACACAUCACUAAUGACCUGAACUUCGGCCUCUGGCUCCCUUUGGCUUAGGAGUCCGCCUGAGGUCCCAGCACCACUGAGGGGCACCCCAUGCCAGGGAUCUGACACCAUCUUGAGAGUGCACUGUGUCUUAGUCUAAGUGGGAAUGGGCCCCUCUGCCCACAGACCGCCCCACAGACCGCGGUUCUUUGCCUCUUAGGCUGAGUGUCCAUCAUCAACUGACCAAAGCACCUGAGUCCACAUCCUGGUGCCCAGAGAAGCAGCAGCCCCAGGCCCAGAGGGGAGGAAAACAGGACCAAAACAGGGCAGGGGAAGACUGAUUUAUGGGAUCUCUGAAUUCUCCUCUGUGGGAAAGAGGGUGGGCUUCUUGGUAAACCUCUUUCCAGGCCUGGGGAGUCCCAGCUCAGGAAGUCACUAGAGGAAGGAAGGGAAGUGCAUACAGGGUCAGAGGCCAGAGGAGCCACCUGCUUCCUAGACCCCUUGCCUUUGAGUCUGUGUGGAACGAGUGUCAUCCCCAUGGUCUGAGGACCCCAAAGUCAGGAUGACAUCUGACUUCCCUCGCAUCUAGAUCCCUAUUGGAAGGGAGGCCCACAGGGAAGUGCUUCCACCACACAUUCACAUUUUUGGUGGCCCAAAUCUUAGGAUAUAGAUCUGACCCUCACCCUGGGUCCUGAGGCUGUGGCUGGCAGCUCACCCUGUGUUCUUAACCAUGCCCACCUGACGCUUGGAUGUGGCGGGAGGCAGUCCCAGCCUGUCUUCAUCUGGACGCCCCUCCCCUGGGCGCCCACUUUUCAGGGCCUUCCUGCCCCUUCUACUCCACCCUUCUCCAGGGACCCUUCCCUGGCCACAUCAUUCUUGUCCCUUCCAGGCUCAAGCAUAGCAGCAGGAAGUAGGGGCCAGGCCAGGCUGGGCUCCUGGUGACUGAAUGAACAACACUAUAUGGAGCUGCUGACUGAAAGGGCUGUGGGCAGGGGCUGUAUGCAAGCUAAUUUCUCAUCUCGUUAAUAAAGCUGUUCAGAAAAGA